AUGGCGUCCUUCAUCUCCAAGCUUUCCAGGGAAUGUGACCAGCACCAGAAGAUUCUUGAUCGGAGCUCGAUCAAGACCAUACGGUUUGAAAACGACAUGAGCACUCAGUACCAAAUCCUGGGUCCUCUCUUCAAGGCUACAAUACCGUCGACUAUCAUCGGCCUUCUACAGGAGCACUGCCUAACACCCCUGCUUCAAGGGUUUGAAUGGUCGCGAUGGGAUGCGGCGAAGCCCCAGGGCUUCUGGCCCUCGACGACCACAACCUGGGCAACCUGGGUUGUUCGAAUGGAACGACUCUUUGGCGAGCAAUGGAAUGCUCUCGGCAUCUACGACGCCAUCCUCCUUUCUCACACUACGGGGACGACGACUCCCAGUGCUUCCCCUUCUCUAGCCGCCGGCCAACCCCUGGCCGAGAAACAAGUCAUACCUCCCUCCGUCGAGAAGGCACAUGUCCCUCAACAGGUGGUCUCUACGGCCGAGGAAACCUCCCCGAAAAAUCCAAAGCCCUCGGUCUUCGUUCUAGAAGAAAGCGAAGGGAGCGACGAAGUCCCGCCGGCACACCGUCCUCAUCCUCGCCAACCACCUCCUCUAGUGUCUGAGACGGCGGUUCGAGCCGGCCCCUCCACGGCUGAUCGUGGCAAGCGCCCAGUCGAGGAAUCGACCCCGGUGGCCGAACAUCUCGCUCCCUCACAGGACCAGGACGUCCCUGCCUCCUCUGAAGCAGCUGUUCCAGUCGGCCCUUCCACAGCCGACCGUGGAAAACGACCGGUCGAGGAACCCGAGGCAACGGCGGAAUCGCCUGUUCAUCCUCAAGACCAGGGCUUCCACAUUCCUCCACAGGAGGCUACCUCAGCCUUUGCUUCCUGGGAGGUCGAAUUCAAAGCCCUCCUCUCCAGUACUACUGCAGAGUCUGGUCCUUCGGCCGCUACGACCGAAGCUGCCGAUCCCAGCCCCCUAACCCAGCUGCGAGAAGUCAUGUCGCUCUCAUCAUCGCAAGGUACAACUCAUGCAUCGAAAAGAUCCAUUAAGUUGGUUGAUCACAAGUUCAGAGUCACCGAGGACGAGGGCACGGGUGGCCUGCAAGUCAUGAAGGAGGCCAAGGCCGAUGAUUAA